AUGAGUGGUAUUUUGCUUCAGAAGAAUCUUCAUCCGAGUCAAGACCAUAAGCGACCAUACUGGUCACUGUACGUUCCCGGAGGUUGUGGAAUUCUGAACAGCGCCCUCUUCGCCCUCCCUCCCUCGCAAGAUGGUCAGGCCUUCGAGGAACCUCCGCUCUUGUACAAGGAAGAGGGUUACAUGAUACGCUUCAUGGAGGAGCCUUCCGAUAGGCUAUUGGCCAUCGAGGAGUUGAGAUGUCCUGUCGGCAUGGACGCCUCCAGAGAAGCACGUUCCUGGCACUACGUAUUCCCACAAGGACUCCAACACUUCAAACUGGCGCUACCAGAAUAUGACGGGGCAUCCUUCAGCGAGAGAUUUUAUAGAAUACGGCGUUCUGAGCGCUUGUCGGACUCGCUGAGGUUGAUUUAUUAUGGUACGCAUCCGGAUGAUGGAGAGAAAGCACCUGUCGGUGAUACGAAGCAACUGUUGCUGCCGAUAAUGAAGGCCUUUUGCAAAUAUGUGAGAGAUGAGCUCGCGAAUCGAGGAAAGGGCUACAGUGUGUUGAGGCAUGAACCGUUUAUGAAGGUGGAACUAGAUGCAGAGAGUCCUCAGAACGUCGUCAAGGAUAUGUCUGAGGCCAUGCCUGCUACAGCGUACUUGAAGAACUCGACGAACCCUGCGAAGCUCUGGGUAGCUUUCCCGAAAUGGAAGAGGCGACCGAUAUACACGGUGAAGAGUGGUGACGAUUAUGUGAAAUUCGUUGUUGAGGAUGAUCGUCUGGCUGUGAAGGCUAUGUCGUGUCCUGGGCGGAAACCUGGAAAAACGCUUCACAGGAAGUGA